AUGCCUCCAUCCAGCGAGAAACCGAAGACCCCACUACCCAAGCCCGCGCCCACCAACCUCCAAGCAUCCCUCGCGCAAGCCCAACUCUGCCACCACCUCUCGACCCAAAUCAUCACAACAGCAUGCGCACUCUACGCCGUACCGUCCGCGCGCUCCGACCUCGCCAUCCUCUUCAGCAACACGCUUACCGGAACCGUCAUCGCGCAGGUCGUGCUGCAGCAUGCCGAAGGCACGCGCGUCCUACUAGAAGAAGAGGGUGGGAAACUGGGCAGUGAUAAUGCGAGGAUAGAGGCAUUGCAGAAUUUGUUGGAUGCUGUGGAGGGGCUGUGGAGUUUGCUGUGUACGGAGGCGAGGGGGAAGAUGGAUGGUGAUAAGGAGAAGACGAAGGGGAAGGGGAAGAAGGGAGAGGCGGAGAGGAGAAAUUAUUUUGUUGAGCCCGCGUUGAAGGCUGAGAGGGUUAAGGGGAAGAAGUAAGGCGUGAGGGGGAGUGUAGUUGUAGUCUUGGUUAGCAUAUCAAGUUGUAUCUGAAUGGAGCGGUUGAUCUGCUUUUCUCGUUUUGAUGUAAAUUAAUGUUAGGCUGUGGUUGCGUUCUGGGGGGUGAGCUGAUAGCUACCUUUUGAAAAAAAAUUGCCAAAAGAAAAGCGGGCUGACAAAAAGAAA